AUGAGCUGGAAAUUCUUGGUUUCGGCAUUUUUUGUAUUUCUGGUCCAAGCCGAUGCGGCGAUUCAGCUCGGAUGCACAUCCCCACCAUUGCCAGAUGCGAAUGGGAAUUGUCCGGAUGGGUACACACUGGUCACUUCGGGAGGAUGUUGUCCGGAUGCAGAUGUUUAUAUAAUCGGAGCCACCACAACCACUCUCGCACCAACAACCCCAACCACCGCUGCACCCGGUACCUGCCAAGACAAGCUGAAUCCCAAAACUGGAGUCAGUGAUUGCCCAGGAAUGAAGGCCUACUGUAACAACCCGGCUUAUGUGAACGUCAUGAAAGAUCAGUGCCCGAUGACCUGUGGAUACUGCACCGGUCCCAGUACUUGCUGUGACAAAAUCAAUCCACAGACUGGUGUCAGUGACUGUCCAGGAAUGAAGGCAUACUGUAACAAUCCCAUCUAUCACGACGUGAUGAAGGAUCAGUGCCCAAAGACUUGUGGAUAUUGUUAA